AGAUAGUGACACAAGCACAUACAGUACGGAUACCAUUCAAGUUCUCUUAUUGUAGCCGAUACAGUACCUUGAACGUUGCCUUCAAAACUGAGGUGCCUAACCCUUACUUGUUCGUCUUCACUGUUUAUACUAGGAGUUUCCCGCUAUAGUCCGGCAUACUAGGCCUAGAAUCAAUCUUUAGUGUACCACAGCUUGAUACUCUUGUUUUGAUCAAUUCUUCAUUCGGCUGUCACCAUGAGCACACCUGAGCUGAAGCGGGACGAGACGCCGCCGUUUCUAGUGAAGCUCUUUUACCGAACCGGUGCAUUUCACAGACCAGAUGAAUUCAACACACCAUCCCUCCCACCACACCUUACCAUCCACACCUGGAAGGACUGCACGCUGACCGAGCUCUCGCACCACAUGGUCGGCGCCUCGCCACCCAUCCUUCCAGACCCAGCAAUCGGCACGCGCCUCGCCUUCCGUCUCAUCUACGCGGACACGCGCGCUAGGCUCGACGUGCCCCCGCGGUACGUGGCUAAGGACCUAGGCAGUCUGGUACUGGGCGGAGGAGGGCCAGGGGCCGGGCCCGACGAAGGUUUCGCAGGGGACGAGCCAGAUGACGGUGCCAAGACGCUGGCCGACGCCAGGUUUAUUACGGGAGACUACAUCAGCUGCGCGAUCCUGCCACCAAACGAGCUUACAGGCGACGUCGCGCCUGCGAGUAGCGCGAGAAUGGGCCGCGGCGCGGGCGUCGGGGAAGCGAGAGGUCUUACGGGUGCGCCGCCGCCGCCUCCAGCAUCAAGAGAAAGGGACUAUGGACCGCCAGGUGGUCUCCGUGGGCGGGGCAUUAGAGGCGGCGGUACGAGAGGGUAUGGUGGUCGCAGGUAUGGUGACCGUGACGAACCAUUUUUGAGGGGAGGUGGAGGGAUGCCGCAAGGCGAAUGGAGGAGAGGGGAUAUGCUCUCCGAGGAUGAACCCUCGGGACCUGCUCGGUGGGGGAGAUAGCUGCCAAUCUGGCUCCCAUUCCCGCGGGAGACAAGGAAUGCAUUCGAUGUGGGGAUUGAACAUCGAGGAAUAGAAGGAUCGGAUGAGAGGCUCACCUGCUUACUAGAAGUAUGAGGGGAUG